AUGGAUAACCCGAACCGUCUCGUUGUUGGAUUGGACCAUGCUCUGACGUACUGGGCGCAAAGCCGAGGGGAGGUUGUGGAGUGGCAGCCUGUCAACCGCAUUCCCAUCACUCCGUCCGUCAUGGCCUACCCCGACAAUAGGCCGCCCCUUUGGGGCAACGCCGCCAGAGAACAUCGCGAUCGAGUUUCCUGGUCCAAAUUACUGGUCGAUGGCUCUCCGCCUGUAUCAGUUAAUGGACUGGAUCUCAGGGCUCUCCUCGGAGAUAAAGGCUUCAACUAUUACCAAGAUCGCACACGAAUUACGCGCGUCAUAACCGACUAUCUAGAAAGGAUCCGGUCGGCUUUUUGCAAUGAUCCCCGCGUCCUGGAAGAUGUGAGGGCUCUGAACCUAUCAUCCAUUGCCUGGCACUUCUCAAUGCCAGCCUGUUGGUCCAGAAAUGGAGUCCGCAUGAUGAUGAUUGCAGUGGAGAGGGCCGGAUUUCUAGACAACGGCGGUACCAUUACUUACUGUUCGGAAGCGAUGGCCGCUGCCAUCGGGGUCUCGUACAGACUCACCGACAACUCCGUCCGGGUAGGGGAGAAACUACUCGUGUGUGACCUUGGGGGCGUCACUAAUGUAAGGCGAUUUGGACGUCCAGGUGAAUGGUUUAAAUCUGCGCAGAAAGCUUACAUAGAGCAGGAUUUUACGACUUUCAAAGUCACGGGGGUCGAUCCAAAUCAUCCCCGACGAUUGUCUUUUCAACAAAUCGCCCAACAUAGUACGGCCGAUUGUACGAAUCCGCACAUCGAGAAUGAGCUUUUGCAGCACAUCCGGCAGGUGCUGGGUCUGCCGCUGAGAUCUGGGGAUGUGGCUCGCCUAGCGGUUGAAGCUGCCAGGGCGGCGAAGGAAGGGUACAAUGGUCGUGACGACGUGGAUGUCCGCCUCUCCCUUCGUCAGCGCUAUCUCCAACAACAUUACAACGGCAACUGCCGCUUUUUCGAUCACGAUGGCGGACGGUUCACAUUCAGCGCCAGUGUGCUUCAAGGGGCCAUGGAUCCGGUUGUCACUAGCGUCAUGCGCCGGAUAUUAGAUCAUGUUAAGACGUACGGCGCCAACAGGAUAGCCAUUGUGGGUGGCUUAAGCCGUUCCCAGUACUUUCAGAGACGGAUUCAGGCCGACUUUGCCAAUAUUCCCGAGGUCAGCCAUCUGCUGCCUGUGAACUACUUUGGGGGCUAUGACCCCAUGACCAUCGUUUCAUACGGCUUGACCCGCAAAGGGAUCGCCCCCAACCCUAUGCAGUAUAGGAGUCGAUGGGGGUAUGAAAUUCACAGCAGCUUCAUCGAGCGGCUUGGGACCGAGGAUCUGUACUCCGAAUAUCGUCCUACGACUGCUAUUACCUUGGUUGAGGCACGGGAUAAUGUGCCCCGACAAGGGCGAGUACGAUUCCGGCUUAGUGUACGCAGCCGACACCGCUCAGAGAACAUAAUGAUUAAACGGCGUGAUAUGGCUGGCAAGGCGGAAACCGUUACCUUGUGUCCGCACGAAAUUGACGAUAAUACCCCCUACGUUGACGAGGCCGUGCACCGGGAUCUAAAUGUAACUGUCCGCUACUAUGAGAUAGUUGCAUCGUGGUCACUGGAGGCAGACGUCCACCUCACCAUGGACUGGACAUUCGAGGCGGAGGGCCCCCGCACCGGAGUGCUGCACGAAGUAGCAAGGGCCAGCCAUCCAGCGGAUGAGAUGAUGCCCUGCUGGGCCACGUGA